GCGGGUCCCAGGCGCCUGCGUGUUCUAACUAAGACUACCUUUUUCUCUUACGAUGUGAACUCGGUAUUUUCAGGCUCUUAAUUACUGUUCAAAUUGAAAUAACACGGAGGAAAAUACAAGGUUCUCAUUAAAUUUAGGAAUUCUAGGACCAGUUGAUUGAAAUUCCUUCGAUCCCUGCUCUAUACAGGGUAGACAAUGGAAGACUUCCCCCUUGCCCUGGUGAUAGCCAGCCAAGAGGAGGUCUACAGAGACAACAAUGUUCUAUUCCGUCUAGUUCGCCCAGCACCAGAUGGAGCUGGGGUUCAGUCGACCGACAGACUUGUCAAUGUUGUUCCUUUCAGAAGAGUCUACUGCUUUGAACGCAAACAUGAAAUUCAUGAAUUCCGACAAGAAAUGCUGAAGCGGCCACUCGUGAUUCAACCAGUUCUUCAUUUUGGCCGAGGCCUAUUUGACAGCUGUGGAUGCUGUUACACUGAUGAAUCUUGGGUCGUCAUGAUCAACCAAACUCAUCCAAAGAUUUUGAGCCGGCUGCAGAUGGGCUUGGACUGUGCUAAAGCAGGAAUUGAGAGAGGACAGUCGGUUGAAGUGAAGUUUUGCUUUGGGGACUUGAUACAACGUGUUUACAAAGAGCAUCUGGCACAGAAGGAGCUCGGGGAAGCAGAGACAGGAUAUGAUGCUUGUUUAGCCUCGCUGAGGUACGCAGAGUGGGAGUACUGUGAUGUGGUCAUUCGCCACCAUGGCUAUGCCGUAAAGCUUGGGAGGACACCUGGUCUGAUGGAACUAAAGACCAUGACUCAGACGUGGACGUUUGAUGACAUAGGCAUGCAUGAAAUGCUGUGGAGUCAGGUCGGGGAUCAAAUACCACCCAGACCGCAUUUGUCAGCGGUCACAGAGGAUGAAAUCCGGGCUGUUCUACCGUCAUGGACAAUAAACUCUGUGUCCCCACUGGAGAAUAUUGGAGAUGAGGUGCCGCAACACACUUACAGCUACGAACAAGCAGGAAGAUUGUAUGAAAGCUUCAGAAAGAAGAAACGGCAACGAGGGCAGCAGGGAGCAAACGCUGACAGGGACAAGCCUAGUUAUGGGCGAACUCUUCCUCAGAACCCUACUGAAGAGUUGGGAGCUGUUGGGGGUGAGCCACCAGCAGUAGAACAUGACUUUGGUAUGUACGAUGGCGCUGAAAAGAUGCCGUCUCAGUCUAGAAGACGGUAUCAAGAUGAAAGCAGUCAGCGUGAGGAUUACGCUUAUUCAGAGCAUGAAAUGUACUAUAACGAACCUCAUGCUAGCCCUCACCCAAGGGGUUCAGUUUCUACACAGCAAGAUCGUUACCAACAUGGGGCAUCGCCUCCUCCCCCUCAAUAUUCAACGCUUCAAGUCGACAAAUAUGGACACCUCGACGCUAAUGUGCAGAUUGUGAACCCUUCAAGACCUGGAUCAUCAGGGGCUUAUUCUCCCUCGUCUCCCCUCUCACCAACCGCGCCCCCAUACAACCCCCCGUACAGCCGUCCUCAUGGGUCAGAUCCAGCUCACUUUCAACAGGUCAGGACUUAUGAUGGCUAUCUUAAAAAACAGGACAGUGACCGCUCCUCUCAUUCCACUAAUGCUGACAGUGGCUACUGCGCUGAUGCAGAUGGUCAACGUUCCAGAGGUGGUUCGUAUGACCUUAAUGAGUAUUCUGUCAAAACCAAAUUGGAUGUGCAUGGACAUUGGGGCAACGAUACCACUCCUCUGGGAGAUAUCAGUGGCUCCCCUAGUGGACUGGAAAAUGCCGGUUUCAGAUAUGAUGACAAUGAUGGUGGUUUUACUGAAGAUAUGGUGAUGCGGAAGCAUAAGGAACUGGCUCAGAAAAUGUUGCAGCAGCAGAGCGGGCCCCAGUACAGACCGGAACCAGCCAUCCAUAAGUCUCAAGGACAUCAUUUCUCACAGAAUAGACCUCCACACAGCAUGGGCUCCUCAUCAGGCCAGACCCCACCGCGACCAAAGGUGAAACAGAAUGAGCAAAUAGCUGAGAGUUUUAUUUAGAUAUCUGUGACAACUGACUAAGCAUGGCGUGUAUUUGAUGAUUGUUCUUUACCCACCAAGUGUCACUAGCAAAUUUGUUACGACGCGGUGGAAUCAGGCGCUUAUCAAUUUUGGGGUAAAUGGAGUUAUUGGUAUUGCCUUAAAGGUAG